AUGCUGGGCGGGGCGGCGGGGGGCGCCCGCUCCCGCCCGCCCUCUGAUCUCCAACAAGGUGUUGCGAGAUUUCCCCUCUACUCUUUGUUCCCGAAUCAAGGCACUAACAGGACCUCAAUACAUAAAGUAACGGAGAGCCUAUUUUCAACAUCACUGUCCACGUUUGGUGUGCCUACGCCGCCGCCAAACUCACCGUAUUCGCCGUUGCAGUUAGAACUUCUCAACUGCAACCGCCUGCUGCUUGCUGACAAGGACAGUAGUAAAAUGGAAGAGGCCAAAUUGGGCAAAUGUAUGCCAGAAUCUCUUUGCUGCCCAGACCAACGACAGAUUAUUGAAGGUGUCAAUAUGAUGCAGCCUUUGUCUAUCAAAACCGAACAGGCGAAGCGGACCUGCAACACAUGUCUUACUAAUUCGCCUAAAAAGGUUAUCCACACGGAUGGCGGCUGCAGUCGAACUAAUCCUGUGACGUGGCUUGGUGUAGCUGGACAGAACGUCCAAGUUCAGGUGAAACGAGAGCCCCAGCACGUCCACAUGUCAGAGCUGGUGGCUGUGAAACUAGAGCAGGCCUCUCCUGGCAAUAAGCCUGAACAGCCCACGAUUCCUGUGUCUCUUAACAAUGGGUCGAUUCCCGUGGGGAUAGCGGUUGCGCGGCAACGCGUCGGUGAUGCCGGUCUACUGGCUGCACUCUCACAAAAAGACAACCACCGCCUACAUGAUAUUGGAAUUAAUCAACUGAAUAAGCUCAGGGGAGUAGUAGAAGUCAUUUGUCCAAAUUAG